CCUGAUAAUGAGACGAUUGCCUUGUAGACGAUUGUAGACAAUAUUCUCUGUAGUGACAGUGAACUAGCUGCUUGGUGCGAUACUGAAUAUGGAGAACGUACUCGUGGCUGAUAUUCACAAUGUAUCUCCUUCAUACACUGAGAACAUUCCGGAAAUGCCGAACAUUGGAUAUUACGAACAAGCAAAAGAUAUUUUACAAACUUACAUAGUUCCUGUUAUAAUUGGUACGGGAGUUUUAGGAAACACAAUUUGUUUCAUAGUCUUCGUCGCAUCGCCUCUGAAGCGCAUAUCAACUAGUGUUUAUCUUGCCGCUCUUGCAUUUUCAGAUACUGGAUUUCUUGUUUGUUUGGGUAUAGGAUGGCUUGAAUCUCUCGAUAUACGAUUCUUUCACAAGGAAGGCAUUUGUCAAAUGACUGUAUACACGUCCUUUGUCUUCAGUUUUACCUCUAUCUGGUUUGUCAAUGCGUUUACAUUGGAGAUGUACAUAUCUGUAUUCCACCCACAGAAAAGUCCGAAGCUUUGUCGUCCAAACAGUGCAAGGAAAAUUGUCGGAAUUAUAUCGGUUCUCGGAGGACUUAUGUAUAUUCAUGGAUUUGUUAUUGCAAAAGUUGUUCAGUACCCAGGGACCAAUACCGAAGUAUGUCUUAUCAUGCCUAAAGACGAAAAGACGGCUAUGAUACUCUCUGUGAUCGACACUGUCCUCACCCUGGUUGUGCCUUUUACCAUGAUCUUAUUCAUGAUCACACGCCUUUUUGUCCACAUAUCAAAAUUCUACAAGACAGAAUUGGAAAGUUCUGCUACCUCGACUGCAGACGAAACAAACAGCGGACACUCUGAACACCAAAAUAAUAGAUCCGAAAGUAUCUCCCAUCCUACAGUUCGGCAAGCGACAGAGGCACAGACAAAACUUACACGAAUGCUUGUAGUGACCGUUGUCGUCUUUCUGGUACUUAACCUGCCCAGUCAUGCAAUAAAAGUCCAGUUCUUAUUUAGGUCAAUGCUGGCGGAAAAUGUGAGAUUUACGGAAACAGAGGGAUUCAUUCAAGUUCUUUUCCAAAUUUUGUACUACGCUAACUUUUCAGUCAACUUUUUAUUGUAUAGUGCUUGUGGGCGUAGCUUUAGAAGCGCCAUGAUGCGACUGUCGUUAAACGUCCGGUAUUGUCGCGGGAUGUUUGACUGCCAUCGCAAAAUCCAGAAACUUGGCAAUAUGAGUAAACAGACAAAUGAAAUACUUAACAAUGAGUUAGCAGGAGAACAACAACACUCGAGGCUAGUUGAUAUACACUUAAACGAAAUACGUUUUUCUCAGCUUCCAUCAAUAGGAAGCGAAUUUGUUUGUCAGUCUCCGCCAUGUUUACUUGCAUUUGAGUCGGAGCAACUGAUAGAAGAGUGCCACGUAGUUUAUUACACAAACGCCUUGAAGGAAUACUUUGAAACACUCAUAAAGUGGAUAUUUCUGGAAUAUAUAUUGUAAUGCGGAGGAAAAUUGUAUAUACAAAUAUCUAUUUAUUUAUUUUUGCGAAAAAUGCUGUUCAUAUUUUAGGUUAAACUUAAGAAAUGUGAUGGUAGAGUUAGAAUAAUUGAAAUAUUUUACUGGUAUGUGAAAAUAUCAGAAUAAAUUUCAUUGUUUGUAUACAUUCACAGCAUUAUUAAAAUACAUAUCACAGAAAUAAAUAUUGUAAAAAGAAAUAUGUUAGAUAUAUAUCAA